GCGUCCUGUAGUCCUCAGAUCACUGUCAGCGCACGGACCGAGCAAAGCUUCAUUCAGACGCAGCGAUGGGGCCGACAGGAGAGAUGGACCUCAGCUCUUCGGGGCCUGUGAUUUCUCAGAAUCGUCUCCGUUGGGACCUGAGCCCGGAGCAGAUCCUGGAACUGUCCGAAAAGCUGAUCUCGGACACGAAGCGCGUGUACGACGCCGUGGGAGCCCUCGACCUCGACACUGUGUCCUUUAGCAACACACUCAAGGCUCUGGCCGACGUGGAGGUGGAGUACACAGUCCAGAGGAACAUCCUGGACUUCCCUCAGCACGUGUCUCCGUGUAAAGACGUGAGGAGCGCCAGCACCGACGCCGACAAACGCCUCUCCGAGUUCGACGUGGAGAUGAGCAUGAGAGAAGACGUUUACCAAAGGAUCGUCGCCCUGCAGAAAAAGGUGGACGCUGAGACCCUGAGUCCAGAGUCCAGACGCUUCAUGGAGCGACUGAUCAAACUGGGGAAGAGGAACGGGCUGCACCUGCCCAAAGACACACAGGAGGAGAUAAAAAACAUCAAGAAGAAGCUGAGCAACCUGAGCAUCGACUUCAACAAGAACCUGAACGAGGACACGACCAGCCUCAGCUUCAGCCUCCAGGAGCUCGGUGGACUCCCUGAGGACUUCCUGAGCUCUCUGGACAAAGACGGAGACAAACUCAAAGUCACACUGAAGUAUCCUCAUUAUUUCCCCACCAUGAAGAAAUGUCACGUCCCAGAGACACGACAGAGACUCGAGGAGGCCUUCAACUCACGCUGCAAACAGGAGAACUCUGAGAUCCUGAAGGAGCUGGUGACUCUUCGCGCUCAGAAAUGUUCGCUCCUCGGGUUUAAGACUCACGCGGACUUUGUGCUGGAGAUGAACAUGGCCAAGAGCGCGCACAAGGUCGCCUCUUUCCUCGAGGAGCUGUCCUGUAAACUGCGCCCCCUGGGGGUGGAGGAGAGGGACGUUCUGCUCAACCUGAAGAAGAAAGAGUGUGAGAAGAGACAGCUGCCGUUUGACGGACAGCUCCACGCCUGGGACACCAGAUACUUCAUGACACAGGUGGAGGAGACCCAGUACGCUGUGGACCAGAACCAGCUGAAGGAGUACUUCCCGAUGGAGGUGGUGACUCAGGGGCUGUUGGACAUUUAUCAGGAGCUGUUGGGGCUGUCGUUCGAGCGGGUGGCGAACGCGUCCGUGUGGCACCCGGACGUCACUCUGUACCACGUGAGCGACCGGAGCAGCGGGCACACCGUGGGACAGUUCUACCUCGACCUGUAUCCACGAGAGGGUAAGUACGGGCACGCCGCGUGCUUCGGCCUGCAGCCCGGGUGCCUGUUGCCCGACGGCUCCAGGCAGAUGUCUGUGGCGGCGAUGGUGGCCAACUUCAGCAAACCCACGGCCGACGCUCCAGCUCUGCUCCAGCACGACGAGGUGGAGACCUACUUCCACGAGUUUGGACACGUCAUGCACCAGCUCUGUGCCCAGGCGGACUAUGCCAUGUUCAGUGGGACUCAUGUGGAGAGGGACUUUGUGGAAGCUCCGUCUCAGAUGUUGGAAAACUGGGUUUGGGAAAAGGAGCCUCUGCAGAGAAUGUCCAAACAUUAUAAAACCGGAGCGCCGAUCCCAGACGAGCUGCUCGACAAGCUCAUCAAGUCCAGACUCGCCAACACCGGCCUGUUUAACCUGCGUCAGAUCGUUCUGGCCAAAGUGGACCAGGCUCUGCACACGAGGAGCGGCCUGGACCCGGCGGAGGAGUACCAGAGGCUGUGUGUGGAGGUGCUGGGGAUCCCCUCCUCUCCAGGCACCAACAUGCCCGCCACGUUCGGACACUUGGCCGGAGGAUACGACGCUCAGUACUACGGGUAUCUGUGGAGCGAGGUGUUUUCUAUGGACAUGUUCUACGCCCGCUUCAAACAGGAGGGCAUCAUGAACCCCAAGGUGGGUCUGGACUACCGUCGGUUCAUCUUGGGCCCUGGAGGUUCUCAGGACGCGUCUGAGAUGUUGAGGAAGUUCCUCGGGAGAGAACCUAAACAAGAGGCCUUCCUCCUGAGCAAAGGAUUAACUGUACCUGAGAACACGCCCACUCCCUGCUGACCAAUCACAGAGCAACACUCACGACCUGCAGCCAAUCACAGCGCGGCCCUGUCCCCGCUGACCAAUCACGGCGCAUUUCUAUGGACUCAGUUUUUCUUAAGUGUUCUGUAGAGUUUGGGUUUUACUGAAAAAUAAACAACAAUUUGCGGUUAAA